AUGCAGGCGCGCUACUCUGUGCCCGAUCCCAACACCCUGGGGGUGGUCCCCUAUUUGAACGAACAGAGCUACUACCGCGCGGCGGGUGGCUACGGCGGCAUAGCCAGCCCGGUGAGCGUGUACCCGGGCCACCCCGAGCAGUACGGCGCCGGCAUGGGCCGCCCCUACGCUCCCCAUCCCCACCACCACCCUCACCUCCACCACCCUCACCAGCAGCCCGCCGCGCCCAAGGACCUGGUGAAGCCGCCCUACAGCUACAUCGCGCUCAUCACCAUGGCCAUCCAGAACGCGCCCGACAAGAAGGUGACCCUGAACGGCAUCUACCAGUUCAUCAUGGACCGCUUCCCCUUCUACCGCGACAACAAGCAGGGCUGGCAGAACAGCAUCCGCCACAACCUGUCGCUCAACGAGUGCUUCGUCAAGGUGCCCCGCGACGACAGGAAGCCGGGCAAGGGCAGCUACUGGACGCUCGAUCCGGACUCCUACAACAUGUUCGAGAACGGCAGCUUUCUGCGCCGCCGACGCCGCUUCAAGAAGAAAGACGUGCCCAAGGACAAGGGGGAUCGCGCGCCCCCCAAGGAGCCCGUGGCCAAGAGCGUCCCUGCGGGGCCUCCACCCGCUCCUGCCCACGUAGCCGACGGGCCCCCGGAGUCUGCCCAGGUGGUGAUCAAGAGCGAGGCGGCCUCGCCCGCGCUGCCGGUCAUCACCAAGGUGGAGACGCUGAGUCCCGACGGCGCGCGCCACGGAAGCCCGCGCAGCGCCGUGUCCACGCCGGCCGCCUCGCCCGCCGCCUCCUUGCCCGAGCACCCCGGGGUGCCCAACGGGCUGCCAGGCUUCAGCGUGGAGAGCCUGAUCAUGACGCUGCGCACGACGCCGCCCCGGGCUGAGCUAAGCCCCGCGCCCGGGCGCACGAGCCUGGCGGUGACACCGCUGGCGCUGCCCUAUGCCGCCGCCGCCUCCUCCGCGUCGCCCGCCGCCUACGGACCGCCGUGCGCUCAAGGCCUGGAUGCGGGCGGCGCGGGUGGUUACCAGUGCAGCGUGCGCGCCCUGAGCCUCUACACCGGAGCCGAACGGCCCUCGCACAUGUGCGUGGCGCCAGCCGCGAUCGACAAUACGCUCGCGGACCCCCCGGGCGGCCCCGCGUCGCCCCUGAGCGCCCUCAACCUCCCGGCGGGCCAGGAGGGCGCGCUGACCGCUACCUCCGGCCACCACCCAGCGCACCUAGGCCAGCACCCCGCGCCCGCGCCGCAGCCGCCACCGCCACCGCCUAGCACGCAGCCCCCCAGUGCGCCCCUGCACUCGCCAGCGGCCUCCUGGUAUCUCAACCACGGGGCGGACCUCCACGCGCUCCACGCCGGCCAGGCGUUCAGCGCGCAGCAGCAGCAGACUUUCUCCACGGUCCGCGACGUGUUCAGCGCCCACCGGCUCGGUGUGGACGGCCCGAACCCCACGGAAGGCCCGGGCGGCGGGAAUGCGGGUUGUCAGUUGCCCUACCGCGCCGCGCCCGCGCUCUACCGCCCCGCCGCCCCCUACUCUUACGACUGCUCCAAAUACUGA